AUGAGGAGGCAGAUGUUCCCAGGGCCGUUCUGCGGCCCCGCAAGCAAUAUCGUCGUUGCGACAGUGGCCAGCAAUCCUUUGAUGUGCAAUUGGUCCCUGGACAGUGCAAGAGUGUGGUGGAGGACAAGGUUUUCCGGACCUACUGCCGAAUGGAUGCAGAAGUCUGAUCGCGAGCUUGGCAUGCUGUCAUCGGUUUGGCGUUCGGCCACAGACUUGCGAGCCAGUUGUCGGUGCUUUGAGCAUGACCGCUGGAAGGGCAGAGGCACGAGCUUUCAGUUUCAAGCGACCUCUACGUGGAGCCAAGAUGACAAGCGCGUGCUCCUUAGUUUCGAGGUCCAGGAGGCGGGAUCAUGCGACCGAGGCACGCCUCGCAAGGUGAAGGCAAAUGCGCAAGCCGACAAGCCUGCAACAGUUGCAGGCAGAGGGCUCGUGCAGCAGGCAGUUGCUCAUCUUGCCGAGGACAAGAAAGUGUGA